AUGAAGGCGGCCAUCCUGCUCCUGGCGCUUGCGCUGGUGCUGGAGAUGGUGCCUAUAGCCCUGGCGUCCAUGGGCUUAGAGGCGUUUCCGCGGCCCCAGCGCGCCCGCACCCAGCCCAGAAAGAUGGUCGAGGCAGCGGACGACUCGGAGAUCGAUGCCGCAACACACUGGAUCCACCAGUCCACUAGCCUGCAGCAGUCGGCGCUGCCGCCCGGUGCCCGCCCGCCGCUCGGCAGCCGCCCUCCGCCCCUCCCCCGCCCCAAGGCGCGGCGCAGCAAGGCCACCCGCGGGCCCAGCAGCUGCAGAAGCAGCCCCUGCAGCAGCCCCAGCCAGCAGCAGGACGACAGCGACUAUGAGGACGCCGCCUUCUGCAACAUUCAAGGCUUCACCCUGGCAGCAGCGCAGGACGCGAUGCAGGUGGUCACGAUCAUGGCAAAGUUCAUUGCCUGGGUGGCGAACAACAUGCCUUGCUUCAACUACAGGGGGAAGAAGGAGUCCAUGUCAUUCGGCCUGCUACGCGCCGUCCGCAACGCGGCUGUGCUGAAAUACAACCAGUUGUGCAUCAGCAACGGCUGGUCUGAUGCCAGGGAGCUGAUGGCCACACGCGAGUUCAAAGUGGAGUUCAUGAACGGCUGCGCCCUGGUGCUGCCCAAGAAGGGACGGCCGGUUGGUGACCCCCAGAAGAACACAGCGGCAGAGUCGCUGACGGAUGAGGAGGUCAUGGCCUGCUUCCACUGGUGGCUCAGCCAGGGCGACAUCGCCUCCACGCGCGACUGGGCCGCCAACCUGGCGUGCCUGAAGGGCAUCGGCCGCAGCGACGACACGCUGCCUGUUUACCUGGCAGACCUUGCGGCGCCUCGGCCGCAAAAGGUCAUUGGCGAGGCCGACUGCCUGGUGCACCGCACCGUCCUGCGGGGCGGCAAGCGCACCGCAGCAGGCGAGGUGCAGUGGUACGACUGGAUCCCUGCCAGUGAGCCUGAGUUGUGCCCGGUGACGGCGGAGGCGGCGUACCUGGCCCUGAGAUUCGAGAUCCAGCAGCAGCCCGUCCCCGACAUCAGUACCAAGGACGGCCUGCUGGAGUUUUGGUCCAUGCCGCUAUACCACGGUGCCAACUUCACCGCCGCCCUGCACUACGAGGCGCACGCGGCCGCCGUCACCAAGCUGGUGGCGGCGCACCAGCCAGUGCCCAAGUCCGCAGCCAACCUGGCCAUCCGCCUGCAGGCCUUGCGCAUCACUCUGAUUCAGAGCGCUCUGGUGCUGGCCCCGCGCUACCCAGAGCACCCAGUGUUUGCGUGGCUCAUGCAGAAGCCACGCUUCAAGGCGUUGCUGAACGAGUUCUCGCUGAAGCAAAUGAAGGGGGUGUACGCGGCGCAGCGCACGCCCAGCCAGGACGACAAGCUUGACAGAAUCUCCAAGGGGCUGGGAGCGCAGACUCGCGCCAUGCUAGCCAGCCUGACCGGCGGCCAGCUCCCCGCUGAGGUGGGGAAGAGCCUGCAAGCCACCGCAACAGUGUUGUGCGAGGACCGGCUGCCCGAUGAUGAGGUGAUGCGGCAGCGCGCUGCCCGGCUCGGCGCGUGGCAGGCUGCAGCGCGCCGCGGCAUAGCAGCGGCGCAACGCGGCGACGCCUGGGCGGAUGUCCAGCAACUGGACCGGGAGGAGCAGACGGCUAGCGAGGUGGACCUGGACCAGCUUGCCCUGGUUGCCCUCAGCAUGGAGGAGGCCCAGCGGCAGGAGCAGCAGGAGGCCGCCGGCACAGCAGCAGGAUGCACGCCCGCACCGGCGGCAGGGGCGGCAGCGGUCAUGCCCACGCCAGCAGCGGCGGCAGGCAUGACGCCGGUGGCGGCAGCAGCGGCUGUGCUCAUGCCCACGCCAGCAGCGGCGGCAGGCAUGACGCCGGCGCACGGGGCCGCCGUCCCCAAGGUGUUUCGUGAGAAUGGCAUCGAGAACACCAAGAAAACGCACGCGUGGCGAGUGUUCAGUGUGCAGGCGCUAGACGCGGCCGGGUUUGACGACAUGGACAAGCUGCGUGCAGGGCGUUGGGCGUCCCAGGGCGCCUCUGGCGUGAUGAACGGCGCCUACCUCGACGUGCUGCCCCCUGGCGUGCUGCUCUGCAUCGGUGGCGGGAUCCAGCACAAGAGCCAGGACGUCACCCGCGCCUACUUUGCCGACCGCCUGUGCGUCGUGCCCCCAGACGACCUGUUGCAGGAGGUGUUCCCCAACAUGCUGGGCGCGCUCGUCGGUGGCAUCAAGAAGGCCGCCACCCUGUACUAUGAGGGCCACAACGGCUACCCGGCGUGGAAGGACAGGGAGGAAGAGCAGGAGCAGGCCAGCCAGCGCGGCGAGCUGGGCCCGCAACAGUCAUGGCGGUCAGGCCGACGCAGGACCUGGCACCAGUUUGUGAGGGCGAUGCAGCUGGUGGAGGAGGUGGCGAAGAGGGAGCAGUGCACCCCCAUCCAGGCGGCCAAGCUGGUGGACCAGUGCCUGGAGGCACGGCAGGUGGGCAAGGCAAGGAAGAAGAGCUUUGCUUGCCUGGGCCGCUCAGACAAGGCAGAAUCGGUGCGUCAAAUGCUUGGCCUGCCGGCCAAGCCGGAGAGCAGCUGA